GUGGAUGUGAGCAUUGACUGGGCUCAAGCUGAAGCAGCAGCAGCAUCACCAUCCUCCCUGGGACUGUAGGAGAGAGGACCCCCCUCCCACCUCUCUUGUCCCCUCUCUUGUCUCUGCUCUCCCCUCCAUCCCCUCUCCCCCACCUCUCUCUGCAUUCUCAUCCCUGCCACCCUCCCACCUCUCACUGUCCCUCUUGUCUCUUCUCCAGUCCCUCUACUUGCUCUUCUCCCCUCUCUCUCUUCUUCUCCAUCCGGGCAUCACAUCAUCUGACUCUCAGUCGCAAGACAUCGAUCGCCUCUUCUAUGAGACAAACCAAUUGAUCUGUCACUGGUGUACCUGGACCAAGUACAGUCAGCAUGUCCCGAAGGAAACAGAGCAAACCCAGGCAAAUCAAACGUCCACUGGAGGAUGCCAUAGAGGAUGACGAGGAAGACUGUUUGUCCGAGGAGAAUGACAUUGUCUCUAAAGAAGAUUUUACUCUAGAAGAAAGUUUCACUUCGGAGUUUGAGCCGGAGAAUAUGUCCUGUGAACAUGUGGAAUAUUUCUGCAAUAAAGGAGAUGAAGAGGGCAGUCAUGGAACAGGAGAAUCAGAUGGCGAGACACAGGCAGAGGCAACAACGCAAACCGGGAUAGUGGCUGAUGACUGGGAUGGGCCAGGAGAGCUGGAAGCGUUCCAGAAGGAUGGAGAGAGACGGAUUCACAGCCGACAGCAGCUUCCAGUUGGAACAACGUGGGGGCCCUUUGCUGGCAAGAUGGAUUUUAACAAUGAUAACAACACUUUGAAAACAAAGACCCCUGUGCCACUGAUGCUGACAGAUGGUCCUAAAUGGCUGCUGGAUGUGACUUGGCAAGGAGUAGAGGAUAGCAAGAACAACUGCAUUGUGUACAGCAAAGGGGGACAACUGUGGUGUACAACCACCAAGUCUAUCGCUGAGGGUGAGGAGUUAAUUGCCUUUGUUGUGGAUUUUGACUCAAGGCUACAAGCUGCCACUCAAAUGACUCUUGCGGAGGGGAUGUAUCCAGCGCGCUUGUUGGACACCAUACAGCUCCUUCCUCAACAAGCAGCUAUGGCUUCUAUCUUGCCUACAGCCAUUGUCAACAAAGACAUUUUCCCCUGCAAAUCUUGUGGAAUUUGGUACAGGAGCGAACGCAACUUGCAGGCCCAUCUCAUGUAUUAUUGCAGUGGUCGCCAGAGGGAUACAGCCCAGCUUCCAGAGGACAGUGAGGAAAGCACGCCACAGAUGUCCAGUAUCUGCCCUUACCCGCAAUGCACCAAAAGCUUUUCUAAUGCCAGAGCACUAGAAGUGCACCUAAACUCCCACAGUGGUGUUAAAGUUGAAGAUGUCUUUCCUCCCGGGGCCAGCCUGAAAUGUACAGUGUGUAACUAUACGGCAGAAUCUGUGAUUAACUUCCACAAACACCUGUUCUCUCAUCUUACUCAAGCUGCCUUUCGAUGCAAUCAGUGCCAUUUUGGCUUUCAAACUCAGCGGGAACUCCUACAACACCAGGAGCUUCAUGUCCCUGGAAGUAAACUGCAACGAGAAGCUGACACCGAACACUCUCCCAGUGCCAGCGAAGCAAAUGCACAGCAGACGCCAGAGCUGCUGAAUAAAAAUGAACUUCUGCAGAGCCAAAAGACUGGGCUGAACAAAGAUGCAAGCUCAGACAGUGAAGUGGAAAAGACUGAGAAGAAGCCGCAUCCUUUUCUGUCCAAUCAGAGGGUUGAGACAGGCAAUAAAAAUGUGUUUUCAUACACUAAAAUAAAAUCGGAGCCAUCGAGCCCAAGGCUUGCUUCAUCUCCUGUACAGCCCUCUAUUGGACCCUCUUUUCCAAUGGCACCAUUUCUAUCUCAGUUUGCUUUUCCCCAUGACAUAACUGUGGUUCCUCAAGCUUCAGAAAUACUGGCAAAGAUGUCCGAACUGGUACACCGGCGGCUACGGCAUGGCAGCAAUACCUACCCCCCUGUCAUUUACAGCCCGCUGAUGCCAAAGGGAGCCACUUGCUUUGAGUGCAAUAUAACUUUUAACAACUUGGACAAUUAUUUGGUACAUAAGAAACACUACUGCAGUAGCCGAUGGCAGCACAUAAGCAAGUCAGCUGACUUCCCCAGCGUAACUGAGAAGUUGCCAGAAGCUGUGAGCCCAACCAACACUCAGAAUCCUGUCAACCUUCUCAAUACACCUCUUCAUUCUUCCGAAAAUGACAACCAACUGCUUCAGGGCUCCUGCAUUAACUCAGGCAAUGUUCUAGAUCUUCUGGGGUCAAACAUAAAGCCAAGGGACAAAGACUUUGCCACUGAUGUUAAAAAAUUGCCAAAUGCGGGUAAUCACGAUGAGAAAAUGAAUGGAAAAGCAGUAGAAAUUAAAAAUGCCACAGUGCCACAACUGGAUGGCGACACCAGCGACCCAAACAAAAACACCUGUAGUGCUUGUAAUAUAACCUUCAGUAGGCAGGAAACAUUCAUGGUUCAUAAACAGUACUACUGCGCAACUCGCCAUGACCCUCCGUUAAAGAGAUCAGCAACCAACAAAGUGCCUGCCAUGCAGAGAACUAUGCGCACAAGAAAGAGGAGAAAGAUGUACGAGAUGUGCCUUCCUGAGCAUGAUCAGAGGCCACAGCUAGUUCAACAGCAUUUUCUUCAUGUAGCUAAUCUUGGCAACCCUUGUACAUCUGUCCAAGAGCCAACGGAAGGCCCCGGGGACUGUUAUCAUCCCAGGUGCGAUAUCUUUCCAGGAGUUGUUCCAAAGCAUUUGGAAACAUCACUUUCAAUUAGUAAAUGUGUUCCUGUGGUGAAAUGCGAAACUUCGCACUCAACCAUGUCCUCCCUGGAGAUGGACGCACCAAUAGACCUUAGCAAAAAAUGUUUAGCGCAGUCUGAUCGAGUAGCCUCAUCUCCCAAAAGGCUCCUGGACUAUCACGAGUGCACAGUGUGUAAGAUAGGCUUUAAUAAAGUUGAGAAUUACCUUGCCCACAAGCAAAACUUCUGUCCCGUGACAGCAAGCCAACGUAGCGACAUAGGAAAUCUAGAGAGCAAAGCUUUCCCCAACUCUGAGAGUGAAAGGACCAGCCCUGAAUCCAGCUUCGAAAGGAGCUCUAUAAAGUGUGAAAAGAACAGGACCUCAAAACAGUCCUCACCUAAUGGGAACUUGUUUUCUGCCCACUUAGCGACUCUUCAAGGUCUUAAAGUCUUUAGCGAGGCAGCACAGCUUAUCGCCACAAAAGAGGAAAACAAAAAUGCUUUUUUUUCACAAUGCCUUUACCCAGGAGCAAUAAAAAAAGCAAAAGGCGCCGAUCAGCUUUCCCCAUAUUAUGGAAUCAAGCCAAGUGAUUAUAUUUCUGGGUCUCUUGUAAUACACAACGCGGAUUUAGAUCAAAGCACAAAUGUAGGAAGCGAGUCUCCCAAAAGUCAGAUACCUUCAAAUGGAUGUUCUUUAUUGAAGAAAGAGUCGCUCCCGCUAUUGCCAAAAAACCGGGGCAUGGUAAUAGUGAACGGUGGACUUAAGCAGGAGGAUCGGCCUGCUGUAAACUCUCAGCAAGAGAACCUUUCCCAGAAUCCUCCAGCAGAAGACGGAUGUAAAUCGCCCUCCUGGGCAGCCGACAAACCUCCAGCAGCUAAUGAAAACGUUUCCCCGGCACCCCCGGCUGUUGAGGAUCAGGCGUCGAGCCUAACGAAAAACGUGAACGGAUCUGGAGCAGCUGCAGCCAGCGGGAAGUAUUGCCGCCUGUGCGACAUCCAGUUUAACAAUCUUUCAAACUUUAUUACUCACAAAAAGUUUUACUGCUCGUCACAUGCUGCCGAACACGUCAAGUGAACUAUCACUUCUGGAGGUUUUGUUACAACAUGAAGUAUGUUUGUUUCCUGCAGUCAGAGUAAAAGAAAAAAAAACAAA